UAUCGAUAGACUGUUGACACAAACAGGUGCCUUUACAGGUGGCAUCAGAUCCUUUUACGUCUUCGUAUUAUUUUGCUUCGUCAAGUUUAUCCACUGCGGAAACUUGUUUGCUAAGGGCGUGUUAAAAAUUACCUUGUCACCACUUACAAACUGUGUGUGGUUCUCUGUUAUGCUUGAAGGAGCGCUGCUAUGCCAUAAAAGCCUACCAGCCAUGAUAUCGUAGAAUAUCGGAUGGAAAGAUUAAGCAAUGGUUAAAUUUCCAAGACAGAAUUUUAUAAUAAUCUCGCAGUAACUCUGUUGGAUAAUUAAUUUUGAACAUGGCAUCUGUCGAAGUGGAGAAACUUUCAGAGCACCUUUUGAAAUGUCCGAUCUGCCUGGAGACGUACACGAUGCCCAAAGUUCUUCCCUGCUUGCACACUUUUUGUCAACAUUGUUUACAUGGGCUCAUCAACAGCGGAGAAAACACCAUCAUUUGUCCGACUUGUCGAUGCGAGGUUUCCGUCCCUAAGGAAGGCGUCGGAGCACUGUCAACCAAUUUCUUCAUCAACAACAUGUUGGAUUUUCUCUCCGUUGCGAAGAGCAACUCCAACCCUGUUGUUUGCUCAAAUUGCGACGAGCAGAACAGGGCAACUUCCCGAUGCAUUGAGUGUAUGGAGUUUCUCUGUUCGCAGUGCGUUGCAGCUCAUCGCAGAACGCGAAUGACCAAAGAACACGAAGUUAUCGCUUUGGGUGAACUACAGUCGCAGAAAGAGGUUCAGGAAAAGUUACACAGACCCUUGCUUUGCACGGUUCAUGAGCGGGAUGUAUUGAAGUACUUCUGCGAGACGUGCGAUGAGCCUGUUUGCCGCGAAUGUCUUAUCAUUGAUCACAGAGAACACCAUUAUGGUUAUUUAAAAGAUGUGGAUAAAAAACAUCGGUCAGAGGUUGGAGUUCUUGUUAUGAAUACUAAAAAACGAAUAGCCCCUUUGAAAGAAGCUAUUGAAAAAGUGUCAGAAAUGAAACAGAAACUGGACUGCAAACUGGAAGAAGUUCGACAAGAGGUUAUCCAAAACUGCAAACGAUGCAGAGAAGUUGUUCAAGAAAGAGAAGAGGAAAUUCUCACACAGGUUAAUAACAUCUACCGGAUGAAAUCCAAAACGCUGGAAAUCCAACUGGAUGAACUCGAAAUGAUGAUGGGAAAUCUAAACAGUAGCAUAGAUUUUACUGAAAGUCUUCUUCGGCACGGAAACGAAGCAGAGGUGAUGCUGGUCAAAAAGCAAAUGACACAGCGAUUACAGGACUUAAACAGCGUCAAGUUGGAGUACCUACCGCUGGAAGAUGACCUCAUUGACUACAAGUUCUCUACCGACGAGUUUAGAAAGGCCCUCGAGUAUAUUGGCGAGGUGAAGGUUUACCAUGCGUACCCGCCAUAUUGUUUUGCAACCGGCGUGGGAAUCCAUCGAGCUAAGUCUGGCGUGGAGGCAGUGUUUCUUGUUACAACGAAAGACAGAAUGAACGAGGUAUUCAGUGGCAGAGGGGAACCAAUCAGAGUUCAGAUUGAUCCACCCGAGGGAGAUCCCGUCCCGACAUAUGUGAUUGAUAACGAAGACGGCACCUUCACCAUAUCCUAUCAACCGACAGCACGAGGACUUCACCAGAUCCACAUAACCAUGCGAAAUAUCCACAUCAAUGGGAGUCCUUUUAGUGUUAACGUGACGGGAAGAAUGGACUUUGGAAAAGUUGGGAAAGUCAUGGCGUGCUUUGGCUGUGAGGGAGCUGGGGGAGGGGAGUUCAAUAUGCCUUGGGGUGUCACCAUAGACGACGAGAACAACCAUCUCAUUGUCUCCGACUGUAACAACCAUCGAAUUCAGGUGUUCGACUUUGAGGGAACGUUCAUGUUUAAGUUCGGCUCGGAGGGUACGGAUAAGGGGCAAUUCAGGUACCCCAAGGGUGUGGCCCGCGCUCCUAACGGCCACAUAAUGGUUGCAGACUCCAACAACCAUCGAGUUCAAGUAUUCAACGAGGACGGUCGAUUUAUCAGGAAAUUCGGCAGCUUCGGAAUGGAGCGACCAGGCCUCCUAAACCAUCCGUGUGGCGUGGCGUGUACCCCUGGGGAACUGGUGAUAGUAACGGAACAGGAUAAUCAUCGGGUGCAAUUAUUUAACGUGAACGGGGAGCCCGUGCGACAGUUUGGAACGCAGGGGUUUUCAAAAGGACAGUUUAUAUACCCUCAUCACGUGUGUGUGAAUCAGCGAGGGAGGAUCAUUAUAGCCGAUUGUGUCAAUGAUCGAGUUCAAGUGUUUGAUUUGGAAGGGAAAUAUUUAUCUGACUUUGGAAAAGAAGGAUCACAAAACGGCUUAUUUGACGGCCCCGAGGGCGUGGCCUGCGAUGACGAGGACAACAUCCUAGUGUGUGACUAUCACAAUCACCGGGUGCAAGUGUUCAAUUCUAAUGGCGAGUUUGUCAACGCGUUUGGUGCAUACGGUGAAGACGAAGGGUGUUUUAAGAAUCCGUGUGGAAUUGCCAUAACGAAAGAAGGCAACAUCGUUGUGGCUGAUAGUGGAAAUAAUAGGAUUCAAGUCUUUUAGAUCCCACGAUGACGAUCUGUUUAUGUCUAAAGGGAUAAUUUUUACCGCCAGUUGUACUUUUUUUUAUGGAGGGUGGGAAAGGAUGGAGGUCCACCCAAGUCUGAUAUCGACUGAUACGAUUUCUUUUCAUCCACUACCUAUCAAAACUUUUUACUGAAACGCGAUGUUGCCCUCCAAUUCGCGGAAAAUAUGUAAAAAUAAAUAAAAGGCUAGGAAUUGAUCUCCCGUUCUAGAGAAGUUCAUCUUAAAAAAAUAACGGUUUCGUAGCCUUUGAAGACGCGCGAUUCAGGAGAAAACAAAUCACAAAGAAACAGCUUUCACAAAUCAUAAAGUGCUCUAUCCAAUAACUACCCAGUUUAACGAAUAUCCCCUCGUCGGCUUGACGUAAACAGGUCAACGGAAUAGCUCUUGCAUAUCUACAUUUAGCCUCACGUGUUAUGGAUGUUCAAUUCUGGCAAUCUUUUGCAACAUUUCAAACAUUUAGAAUACAUUGUUUCUAGAAUUUAAAUAAAAAAAUGGGGAUGUGGUGAACGCUUGUAAGAUUUUUUUGACAGUCAAUCUCAUCAUCCAAGAAUAUUGCAACUUCUUCCUCGCAACUUUCAGCCAAAGUUAUCUUCUUUGAUUAGUGGGCCAGUGGUUCCUAACAUCAUCUUCUCGCAAUAAGGGACAGAAAAACAUGAGACCACCAGGAACCAGGCUCACGCAGCCCCGUGUGAAUAAGCGUUAUUGAACACAGUUGUACAUGUAGCUUGUAUAUAAACUGUUACUUUGAAUUUUUUAUUUCUUCUCCUCUCCUUGUAAAUAUUUACAAAACAUAAUUCCUUUUUACUGAACUACAUAUAAGCUUGGUAAUAAAAUAAACUGUUAUUUACCAA